CCAAACCAGAGUCUCUGUUCCAAUCUCCUAAAACCUUCUUCCCCAUUUUUCCCCACACACAACCAAAAAAAUCUCUCAGACAAAAAAUGAUUCAUCACUGCUCCAUCACGAAACCCACUUUCUCAGUUCCGAUCUCCACACACAAACAUCGUCAUUCCACUACCUUCUCGAAUCUGAGUUUCAGAAUCCGAUGCGUGUCCAAGGAUGUCUCGUCAAUGGAGGGUUCAUCUUUAAAGAAGAAUCUGAUGGAGUCUGGAGAGAAAAGGAGCGAGAUUUACCCAGGAGGGAUGCCAAAGAUGGGUCCUUUCACAGGGAGAGAUCCGAAUGUGAAGAAGCCUGCUUGGUUGAGACAAAAGGCUCCACAGGGAGAGAGGUUUCAGGAGGUUAAGGAGUCUUUGACUCGUCUCAAGCUUAACACUGUUUGUGAAGAAGCUCAGUGUCCUAAUAUAGGCGAGUGUUGGAAUGGAGGUGGAGAUGGUAUAGCAACUGCUACCAUUAUGGUUCUUGGUGAUACUUGUACUCGUGGAUGUAGAUUUUGUGCAGUUAAAACCAGUAGAAACCCUGCUCCUCCUGAUCCUAUGGAACCAGAGAACACUGCCAAGGCCAUUACCAGUUGGGGUGUAGACUACAUAGUUAUUACCAGUGUAGACCGUGACGAUCUACCUGAUGGUGGAAGUGGACAUUUUGCACAGACUGUUAAAGCUAUGAAGAGACUUAAGCCGGAUAUAAUGAUAGAGUGCUUAACUUCUGAUUUCCGUGGAGACUUGGUCGCUGUGGACUCUCUAGUACACUCAGGAUUAGAUGUUUUUGCUCACAACGUAGAGACUGUAAAAAGGCUCCAGCGACUUGUGAGGGAUCCAAGGGCUGGAUAUGAGCAGAGCAUGUCGGUUUUGAAACACGCAAAGAUCAGCAAACCAGGAAUGAUCACAAAGACUUCAUUAAUGCUUGGUCUUGGAGAAACAGACGAAGAGAUAAAAGAAACAAUGGCUGAUCUAAGAGCUAUAGAUGUCGACAUUCUAACACUUGGUCAGUAUCUACAGCCAACUCCACUGCACUUGACAGUGAAAGAGUAUGUCACACCAGAGAAGUUUGAUUUCUGGAAAACAUAUGGAGAGUCAAUAGGAUUUCGCUAUGUUGCAAGUGGUCCAUUGGUGAGAUCUUCAUACAGAGCAGGAGAACUAUUUGUCAAGACAAUGGUGAAAGAAAGCUACGCAAAAUCUUUGUCUUAAUACUAGCAGCAUGAAAGCCUGAGACUCUCAACACAAAAGCCUUCCCAACUUCAUUUUUUUUUCUUCUGUCUUGUAUUUGACUUCAUUUUAUUUUUGGUGAUUUAUCCAAUGAACACUGGAUAUAUAUAAAAAUUAGAUAAUUUUAUUUAUAUUUAUAAAAAUUAGAUAGAUUUUUAUUUAUAUUUAUAUUUUUUUUUUUUUUUGAAACACUUAUAUUUAU